GUUAAUGUGUCAUCCGUGGGAGGAGAUGGUGUGGCUCCCCAUACAUCCCCCAAUACAAUAAAGGAAGGGGACAGUCCAGCACAGUUCAGGAGCAAGAAGAUGGACUGGCAAGAGAAUGAAGAUAACAGUAUCUUCCAGGGUGAGCAAAGGAAAGAGACAUCGAAGCACACUCUCAAACGCCCUGCAUCUAGAUUAAGUAUCGGGAAACGGAUGAUAUUGGGCUCUCAAUACACACUGCAUGAAACCCCCAAUCAGCCUGGUUCCUCUGGUCACCUAGGGAUGGAAACAGCAGAGCUGGUUUGCUCCUAUGCCUCAGGAACAGACUCUGAUGUGCUUGUGGUCCACCCAGAGCCUCCACUUGUUCCCACUGUAUCAGCUGUCACCUUUAACAGUCAAGUAGGGACUCACAGCGAUAGGAGGGAUAUCGACAUGAUUGACUCUCAGCCUAUCGAAUUAGAGAUGGAUAUGUGCUCUGCGUGGACCAAACAGGCUAAGCCAGAGAUGACCUUCUCUCCGCUCCAACGAAACCUCGAAAAUAUCUCAGGCGUGAGUCCCGCUCACUGUCAACUGACACAGGGAAUGAACACAGCAUCGAAUUUUGAUGGACCCGACAUGAUGAGUUUUGCCAUGUAUGAGAAACAGUCUAACCAUCCCCAAUGGAGCGAGGUCCAAGGGAGCGCUGACAGCAGGGAGAAGCGUUUUGUUUGCCCUUUCUGUCACAAGUGUCUGAUGACGUCUCAGAACCUCGAGGUGCACAUGAGGAUUCACACAGGAGAAAGACCAUUCAGUUGUGCCCAGUGCGGGAAGAGGUUCACCCAGUCAGCCCAUCUGAAAACGCACCAGAGUGUACACACAGGAGAACGGCCGUUUGCGUGUACACUUUGUGGGAAAAGUUUCAUAGUGAAAUACAGUCUCACGUUACACCUGAAGAAACACCACCCCAAUGUGAGGCCUUUGUGAAGUUGAAACAAGUGACGUGCAUGAGAGUGCAAUCCUAACCAUUUACUGUCCCAAAGCAUACAAAUCAAUGGGAAACUGAAUAAAAUUGAUUAGAUCACUAUUACAAGUUGUAUCUAUUUAUUUAGGUAUUAGAACAUUUAAUUUUCCUAGAUUUGUAUUUAUUGAAAUGUAUUUGGGUACAUCUUGCCAUUCUAAAUAAACUAAAAUGGCAGCAUAAUGACAGAAAUGUUACAAUUAUGAUUACACUGUGUACUAAGAACAAUUGAAGACCAACGAAUCAGUAUAUCAACAGAAUUGUUUUCAUCAACAGCCUGUUAAAGUUGGUAGGCGGAACCUAACGCCUGAUUGGUUACCCUCUGCAUCAAGCCAAGACAAAUCAAUUCCGGAUAAUGUCAGCAGGUCCUGCUUCUACAUCCUCUGCUAAGUUUAAAAUGUCUCUAACCAACUCCCUGGAAAGUUCACGGAGAUCCUCCAUUGUCUCUAUCCAGGUUGGCCUACUCUACUUCAGACCAAAGCAAUGGAUCAGACUAGAUUCGCGUUAGCCCCGCCCACUGACUUUGAUGGGUCAGUUUGACAGUUUUAAGUAAUUCAUGAAUCACUGCAAUGCAGGAUCAUGAAAUGUAAAUGUAAAUAGUGAAAUAAUUAUAUAUGUAUUUUACAUAAAAUGAAUCGGUAUUUGAAUUAAUUAAUGAUACAUUUAAUUACACAUUUAUGUAUUUAAUUCUAAUUUUAAUUAAUUAAUGACACAUUUAAGUAAUUAUUUAAUGGUGUAUUUAUUUAUUUAAUUGUGGCACUUUUAGUCCUCCAUAUAAAAUUAACAAUGGCAAGUAAAUCAAUGCGUUAAUUUGUAGACUAGAGAGAAGUUGGAGCCGUUAAUCAGCUGUCAAUGCAUGGGAAUGUUUCCUGGGGAAUGUAAAUGCUUGUUUUCACUUUAGUGUCAUUUUCAAUUUAUUUCCACAUUUAGCCACACCGAUGUUAGGUUUAAGAUUCUUUUUUUUAAUGUUUUGACUUUGAAAACAUGUAAGAAAUGUGACCAUUUCAUGUUCCAUUAGGAUAUUGUUGUGUGUAGGUCAAUCCACAUAAUUAAAUAGAACAGUAUUAUAUUGUAUCUCUUGAUGACAAUUGUGUUUAGAUGUUGUUUGGAUCCAAGGUGUUGUUGAAAUAAAUGGCGAUAAUCAUCUUUAUCUCGAUGCUUGCAUCUCCAUAUCUCUGUAUCCUCUAUUCUAAAAUGUAGAGAGAGACUCCGACAUAUCAUAUGCAUAAUAACCUAAAUGUACUAUCAGUUCUAAUUCCAUUUCUAUGGAUAGUUUAUUAUUCUAAUAACCAUUUUCAGACUGUAGUGUAUGUCUGUAGUCCAUGGUGGACAGGCGCGUGCGCAGUGUAUGCAAUGAUUUCCAAAAAGCAACUGCAUUGGCGAAGAAUUUUGAAACGUGGUUGGCGUAAUACUGUCACACAGUCUUGCCAUGCGGAAGGCUUUCGUCAUUUACAGUAGGUUGGAGCCUCUGUCACAACUGUUAUUGUUCUGACAAUAGAAACCCUAUAACAACAUCAACUGACUCAUAGACAAAUGCUGUUUGCCUGUGAUUAGGUUAGAAAAUAGUUUGAGGGUCCCGGUUAUAACAAGAUGUCAGUCCUUUUGCCGGCCACAAUGUCGACUUCUGUUCCUUUUCACAAACAGCUCACCUCCAUUAUGGAGGUCUUGGUAAACACCGCUGUGGCAGAAAUAUGCAAACGUGUGGGCAAUGGAUACGCCAUUUUACACUAGGAAUGAACUCGAAGUCAAAAAGUAAACACAUUUUUGAGGGAGAGGAUACAAAUCACGGAGAAGCGUAAUGUGCAAGGACAUGGAAAGAAGUCCGUAGCGCACAAACACACCAUCAGAAAUCACCUCGAUCCCAGUGAGACUAGUCAUCAACUCAGGUAACCUGGCUGUUUACAAUUAGCCUACAAUGAUUUAACCAAGGUAUUGAUACCACCACUAUUUUACUAGCCACUGUAGUCAAUUCUAUAGUUUUCAUGGGUUUUCUCCUCAAUUCUGUAAUGCCACAUAAAGCUAAACACCAGGUCAAUAUUUUACUCCUUGUGUUUUUAGAGGCUGAUGACUACAGGAGUCCAGUUGGCAAAGAGUUGAUUCACUUUUGUGGCGAUGGGGAGCAUCCAAGCAAAGAAGAGGAAGAUCCUGUAAAACAGUAUUGUCUAUAGUAUAUGAGCAAAGCUAGGAAGAUGACUAAAAACGUGACAAAAUGUAAAAUAUCUCUUAUCUUGGAAAUGUUAAAUACGAUUUCAGGCACCCUAGUUAAAAAUGCAGUACUGGUAUGAAAAUAGUCUGUUCUUCCCAAUGUGUUAUUACAUUAUUAUAAUUUUUACAUAAUUGGAGUUACAUGCUCUUCUUGAUAUGGUAUUGAAAGAUUUUAAGAAAGGAUUAAUCUGGUUCCCUACAGUCUAUGGUGAAGGUAAGCAUGAGUGCAUCCAAAUUAAAGAGUUAAGACUGGAGAACACCGCAAGCCUACAGGAUAAAAAGGGAGAGUAAGUGCAAUGGAGGCCUAUAAUGAAAUGUCAAAUGCCAGUCAAAUGAAAUGGAUGGUUUAUCUAUACUAGAAAAUACCAACCCCAUCUUAGAAUGAUUUCUCCGAAAGUCAAGAAAAGGCAAUUAUCCACUAUUUCACUGUUAAGUGAUGUUUAAUAAAUUAUUUCCCCCUCUAUAGGCAGUUUUGAAUCAGGUGCUGAUGAAGACAAAAGGGCUGUGAUUGGACACUCAGACCAACGUCUCUCUGAGGACUAUGAUUCGCACAUCAACGUAGACCUAGAGAGGGAGAGCACGAUCCCGAAGCUUCAGCAAACUAACGUUGCACACUGCGUACGGAAGCAGGGAUACUCAGACUUGUGGACACCA